UCAAACUGCAUAAGGCGGUGGCACAGUACAUUGUUUGAAUCCCUUGAUAAUUCCCGAUCCUCAGCUCUUAUCCUCCGGAACAUGAUCCGUUGAGACUUGCGAGGAAGUCUUACUGAUACAAAAUCAACGUUUAGAGGGUUUGUUGAGAUUCAAUUUGAAAUACCAUAAUGGCGCAUCUGGGUGGUGGUGCGGAGGCACACGCCCGAUUCAAGCAGUACGAGUAUCGAGCCAACUCGAGUCUGGUCCUAACUACCGACUCUCGACCGCGAGACACCCAUGAGCCUACUGGGGAGCCGGAAUCUCUAUGGGGAAAGAUUGACCCGAAAUCGUUUGGUGACCGAGCUUACAGGGGCAGGCCUCCUGAGUUGGACGAGAAGCUAAGGAAAUCCAGGAAGAAGAAGGAGCGGGAUCCCCUUUCUGAGCAUGUUCCUAGCCGGCAGGGCAAGAGGCGGCGUCUGAGAGAGGAAAGUGUUCUUACUGCAACAGAGGAGGGGGUCUACCAGCCAAAGACCAAGGAGACCAGGGCUGCCUACGAGGCCUUGCUCAGUGUCAUUCAGCAGCAGUUGGGUGGGCAGCCUCUCAGUAUAGUUAGAGGUGCAGCUGAUGAGAUUUUGGCAGUUUUGAAGAAUGAGACCGUUAGGAACCCUGACAAGAAGAGGGAGAUUGAGAAGUUACUGAAUCCAAUCUCAAAUCCUGUGUUUGAUAACCUUGUUUCGCUUGGGAAGCUUAUUACUGAUUUCCAAGACGGAGGAGAUGCAGCAGGGCCAACUGCAGCGAAUGUUGAUGAGGCCCUCGAUGAUGACGUUGGUGUAGCUGUUGAGUUUGAUGAAGAGAAUGAAGAUGAGGAAGAGGACAGCGAUCUUGAUAUGGUGCCUGAGGACGAAGAGGAUGAUGAUGAUGUGCUGGAACCAAAUCGGUCUUCAGCUAUGCAAAUGGGUGGUGGCAUUGAUGAUGAUGACACACAGGAAGCAAGUGAGGGCAUGGGUCUUAAUGUUCAGGAUAUUGAUGCUUAUUGGCUUCAGAGGAAGAUCUCUCAAGCUUAUGAUCAGCAGAUUGAUCCCCAACAAUGUCAAAAGCUUGCAGAGGAGGUGCUUAAGAUAUUGGCGGAGGGAGAUGACAGGGAAGUUGAAACUAAUCUGUUGGUUCAUCUCCAGUUUGAUAAAUUUAACCUCAUCAAAUUUCUGUUGCGGAAUAGGUUGAAGAUUGUGUGGUGCACCCGGUUGGCAAGAGCAGAGGACCAGGAAGAGAGGAAGAAAAUCGAAGAGGAAAUGGUGGGUUUGGGUCCUGAUUUGGCUGCAAUUUUGGAGCAGCUGCAUGCCACUAGGGCCACUGCCAAGGAGCGGCAGAAAAACUUGGAGAAGAGUAUUAGAGAAGAGGCUCGGCGCUUGAAGGAUGAGAGUAGAGGAGAUGUGGACAUGGAUAGGAGAGGACUUGUUGAUAGAGAUGCAGAAGGUGGUUGGUUGAAAGGCCAGCGCCAGCUGCUUGAUCUUGAAAACCUGGCUUUUGAACAAGGUGGUCUUUUAAUGGCGAAUAAGAAGUGUGAUCUUCCAGCAGGAUCUUAUAGACAUCAUAGCAAGGGAUAUGAAGAAGUUCACGUGCCAGCAUUGAAGCCAAGAGUGGUUGAAGGCGAGAAGUUCAUAAGGAUCUCUGAAAUGCCAGACUGGGCACAACCUGCUUUCAGAGGAAUGACCCAGUUGAACAGGGUGCAGAGUAAAGUAUACGAAACUGCCCUUUUUAAAGCUGAUAAUGUUCUCCUUUGUGCCCCCACUGGGGCAGGGAAAACUAAUGUUGCAGUGCUUACUAUACUUCAGCAGAUUGCCUUGCAUAGAAAUCCGGAUGGUUCAUUUAACCAUGGUGAUUAUAAGAUUGUCUAUGUGGCGCCUAUGAAAGCUCUUGUUGCUGAAAUUGUUGGUAAUUUGUCAAAUCGAUUGCAAGAUUACGGGGUAACUGUGAGGGAGCUAAGUGGAGAUCAGUCAUUGACGCGGCAGCAAAUUGAAGAAACUCAGAUCAUUGUUACAACCCCUGAAAAGUGGGAUAUAAUUACUAGGAAGUCGGGGGAUCGCACGUACACUCAGCUUGUGAAACUUCUUAUUAUUGAUGAGAUUCAUCUUUUGCAUGAUAAUAGAGGUCCUGUGCUUGAAAGUAUAGUUGCCAGAACUGUUAGGCAAAUUGAAACCACAAAAGAGCAUAUUAGGUUGGUUGGAUUGUCAGCAACCCUUCCCAACUAUGAGGAUGUGGCAUUGUUUUUGCGGGUUGAUCUGGAGAAAGGCUUAUUUCAUUUUGACAAUAGCUAUAGGCCCGUCCCUCUUUCUCAGCAGUAUAUUGGAAUCACAAUAAAGAAGGCACUGCAGAGGUUCCAGUUAAUGAAUGAUGUCUGUUAUGAGAAGGUAAUGGCAGUGGCAGGAAAGCAUCAGGUUCUUAUAUUUGUUCACUCAAGGAAGGAAACAGCCAAAACAGCUUGUGCAAUUCGAGAUACUGCUCUUGCUAAUGAUACUCUUGGUCGCUUCUUGAAGGAGGACAGUGCAAGUCGUGAGAUUCUCCAAAGUCAUACAGAUAUGGUCAAGAGCAAUGAUCUUAAAAAUCUCUUGCCCUAUGGGUUUGCAAUUCAUCAUGCUGGUUUGACAAGAGGUGAUCGGCAGCUUGUUGAGGAUCUCUUUGCUGAUAAACAUGUACAAGUGUUGGUUUCCACGGCAACUCUUGCGUGGGGUGUAAACUUGCCGGCUCACACUGUGAUUAUCAAAGGUACACAGAUUUACAAUCCAGAAAAGGGGGCAUGGACCGAGCUAAGUCCUCUGGAUGUUAUGCAGAUGCUGGGCCGUGCUGGAAGGCCUCAGUACGAUUCAUAUGGCGAGGGGAUAAUCAUAACUGGCCACAGUGAACUCCAGUACUAUCUUUCGUUGAUGAAUCAACAACUUCCCAUCGAAAGUCAGUUCGUUUCCAAGCUGGCUGAUCAAUUGAAUGCAGAAAUUGUUCUUGGAACUGUACAAAAUGCCAAAGAAGCCUGCAAUUGGAUUGGGUAUACAUAUUUAUACAUUCGCAUGCUUCGAAAUCCCACACUUUAUGGUUUAGCACCCGAUGUUCUCACGAGAGAUAUAACUUUGGAGGAGAGGAGGGCUGAUCUGAUUCAUUCUGCUGCGACCAUCUUGGACCGAAACAAUUUGGUUAAAUAUGACAGAAAAAGUGGAUAUUUCCAGGUCACAGACUUGGGUCGAAUUGCUAGUUAUUACUACAUAAGUCAUGGGACUAUAUCCACUUAUAAUGAGCAUCUGAAACCAACAAUGGGGGACAUAGAGCUGUGUCGGUUGUUCUCGCUCAGUGAAGAAUUCAAAUAUGUGACCGUGAGAGAGGAUGAAAAGGUGGAACUGGUAAAACUUUUGGACCGUGUUCCCAUUCCUAUCAAGGAAAGCGUGGAAGAGCCUAGUGCUAAGAUUAAUGUUCUGCUCCAGGCAUAUAUUUCCCAGUUAAAGCUUGAAGGACUUUCAUUGACAUCAGACAUGGUGUUCAUUACUCAGAGUGCGGGCCGGCUAAUGCGAGCGCUUUUCGAGAUUGUCUUGAAACAAGGAUGGGCACAAUUAGCGGAGAAGGCCUUGAACUUGUGCAAAAUGGUCAGCAAAAGGAUGUGGAGCGUCCAAACACCUCUUCGCCAAUUCAGUGGGAUUCCAAAUGAAAUUCUUAUGAAGAUAGAGAAGAAAGAUCUGGCUUGGGAAAGAUAUUAUGAUCUUUCAUCACAGGAGAUUGGUGAGUUGAUUCGUUACCCCAAGAUGGGGAGAACACUCCACAGGUUCAUCCAUCAGUUCCCGAAAUUAAAUCUUGCGGCGCAUGUUCAGCCAAUUACUCGUAGUGUUUUGAGGGUUGAGCUUAUAAUUACCCCAGAUUUUCAGUGGGAGGACAAAGUUCAUGGUUAUGUGGAGCCUUUUUGGGUCAUUGUGGAGGAUAACGAUGGGGAAAAUAUUCUUCAUAAUGAGUAUUUCAUGCUGAAGAAGCAGUAUAUUGAUGAGGACCACACAUUGAAUUUCACAGUGCCUAUUUCUGAACCCUUGCCCCCUCAGUAUUUCAUUCAUGUUGUGUCAGAUAAAUGGAUUGGUUCGCAAACUGUUUUGCCUGUUUCGUUCAGGCACCUUAUUUUACCUGAAAAGUAUCCUCCCCCAACAGAGCUAUUGGACUUGCAGCCUUUGCCUGUGACAGCAUUAAGAUAUCCAGCGUAUGAAGCUCUUUACCAAGACUUCAAGCACUUUAAUCCUGUCCAGACUCAGGUAUUCACUGUGUUGUAUAAUACAGAUGACAAUGUAUUGGUUGCUGCCCCAACAGGGAGUGGGAAAACCAUAUGUGCGGAGUUCGCCCUACUGCGGAAUCAUCAGAAGGGACCUGACAGUGUUAUGCGUGCUGUGUAUAUUGCUCCUCUUGAAGCUAUUGCCAAGGAACGCUAUCGUGAUUGGGAGAGAAAGUUUGGCAAGGGUCUGGGAUUACGUGUGGUUGAAUUAACUGGGGAAACUACCUUGGACAUGAAACUACUUGAGAGGGGUCAAAUUAUCAUUAGUACUCCGGAGAAAUGGGAUGCUCUGUCCCGCCGUUGGAAGCAAAGGAAGUAUGUUCAGCAGGUUACCCUUUUCAUAAUUGAUGAACUCCACUUGAUCGGAGGUCAAGGUGGACCUGUGUUGGAGGUGAUUGUUUCUAGGAUGAGAUACAUUGCAAGUCAGGUAGAGAAUAAGAUCAGAAUUGUAGCUUUGUCAACUUCUCUUGCAAAUGCGAAGGAUCUUGGUGAAUGGAUUGGGGCGACCUCACAAGGACUUUUCAAUUUCCCGCCAGGUGUUCGGCCGGUUCCCCUGGAAAUACACAUUCAGGGAGUCGAUAUUGCCAAUUUUGAAGCAAGGAUGCAAGCAAUGACAAAACCUACAUACACUGCAGUAGUACAACAUGCCAAGAAUAGAAAGCCGGCCAUUGUGUUUGUUCCUACGAGAAAGCAUGUUCGACUCACUGCUGUGGACCUGAUGACGUAUUCAAAUGUGGAUAGCAUGGAUACACCAGCUUUUCUUUUGCGGUCUUCUGAAGAACUGGAGCCUUUUAUCAGCAGAAUUCAUGAGGAAAUGUUGAGAGAGACUUUACGUCAUGGAGUGGGUUACUUGCAUGAGGGUUUGAGCAGUUUGGAUCAAGAGGUUGUGUCACAGCUAUUUGAAGCGGGGUGGAUUCAGGUUUGUGUUAUGAGCAGUUCAAUGUGUUGGGGAGUGCCAUUGGCAGCACAUUUGGUGGUGGUGAUGGGGACUCAAUAUUAUGAUGGGCGCGAAAAUUCUCACACAGAUUACCCAGUUACAGACUUACUACAGAUGAUGGGCCAUGCCAGUCGACCUCUGCUAGAUGAUUCUGGGAAAUGUGUCAUUCUCUGCCAUGCUCCUCGGAAGGACUACUACAAAAAGUUCUUGUAUGAAGCAUUCCCAGUGGAAAGCCAUUUGCAUCAUUUUCUCCAUGAUAAUUUUAAUGCAGAAGUCGUGGCUGGAGUUAUCGAGAACAAACAGGAUGCUGUUGAUUACCUUACCUGGACUUUUAUGUAUAGGAGGCUCACACAGAAUCCAAACUACUACAACCUACAGGGAGUGAGUCACAGGCAUCUUUCUGAUCAUCUUUCCGAGCUUGUUGAGAACACAUUGAGUGAUUUGGAAGCAAGUAAGUGUCUUGCUGUUGAGGAUGACAUGGACCUUUCUCCUCUGAAUCUCGGGAUGAUAGCAUCUUACUAUUAUAUCAGUUAUACCACUAUUGAGCGUUUCAGUUCUUCUUUAACUUCCAAAACGAAAAUGAAGGGUCUUUUGGAGAUUUUGGCUUCAGCUUCUGAGUAUGCUCAACUCCCCGUUCGACCUGGGGAAGAAGAAGUUGUUCGAAGGCUAAUCAACCACCAGAGAUUUUCCUUUGAAAAUCCUCGAGUCACAGAUCCACAUGUGAAGGCAAAUGCCCUGCUUCAAGCCCACUUCUCAAGGCAGCAUGUUGGGGGGAACUUGGCACUGGACCAAAGAGAAGUUCUCCUCUCUGCCAGUAGAUUGCUUCAAGCACUGGUUGAUGUUAUUUCGAGCAAUGGCUGGCUGAGUCUUGCCCUUCUGGCAAUGGAAUUGAGCCAAAUGGUAACACAAGGCAUGUGGGAGCGGGAUUCCAUGCUUUUGCAACUUCCACACUUCACAAAGGAGUUGGCCAAGAGGUGCCAAGAGAACCCUGGAAAGAAUAUAGAGACUGUGUUUGAUUUGGUGGAGAUGGAGGAUGAUGAGAGGCAUGAACUCUUGCUGAUGACUGAUUCACAGCUACUGGACAUUGCAAAGUUCUGCAACCGUUUUCCAAACAUUGAUAUGUCAUAUGAGGUGCUUGAUGGUCAGAAUGUGAGGGCUGGAGACGAUAUAACAUUGCAGGUCACUCUUGAACGGGAUAUGGAGGGAAGGGCAGAGGUUGGGCCAGUGGAUGCUCCCAGAUAUCCGAAAGCCAAAGAAGAAGGAUGGUGGCUUGUUGUUGGUGAUACCAAGAGCAAUCAGUUGCUAGCGAUCAAGAGGGUGUCCCUUCAGAGGAAGUCAAAGGUGAAGCUUGAGUUUGCUGCUCCUGCUGACGCCGGAAGGAAGUCUUACACGCUCUAUUUCAUGUGUGAUUCAUAUCUGGGUUGUGAUCAGGAAUAUAACAUCACAGUUGAUGUCAAAGAAGCAGGUGGUCCUGAUGAAUACGGUGAUGGAGAGUAGACACUUUAUGGUGGAUUUUCGACCUUUUGGCUGAAAAUUGUGUCGGGGCGUUCUCCUUUUAUUUGCUUUUGUUUUUGCCAUUGUACUUGACGUAUGUUGCUGGUAAAAUGACACUUUUGCUUCCUUCGCUGUGCCU